AUGGCAUCAUCGACCGCUCAAACGAAACACCCCCCAGUCAUCCAGAAGCUCGAGCGCUUGGGGUACCGCUCGUGGAGGAGAGAUUCGAUGCUAUACUUCCUGACCUCCUUCCUAUGGAAGCAGCCUUCGCUUCAGGCAGUAGAUACCCGAGAGCAUACAGUGUGGUUAUUCGAUAAUACUGCGUAUCUACGCACAACCCCCAUUGCUAAGGGGCUGAAAGAAUCGUGGCACGCAGAAGUCGUGGCUUGCGUUUUUCGAAAAGACAGCCGGAAGGAUAUGAGUAAGAUCGUUGCCAUGAUUGCGGAUCUCAUUGGCCUCGACGGAGAAAUAGGCACCGAAAGGGAGACACGCCAUCAAAUAACCCGACGGUUACAGCCUUUCCUAUAUCACGUUAUGCCUGCGCAUAUGAUGAUGCUCGAAAUUCCGCAGCCGAAUAGCACUACGAUCAUCCAGCAACUUGGCCCGACAAACAGCAAUGGCAUCAGCAGUCAGGUGGUGAAUAUGGGCAGCCGUCGCAUCGCAGAUGGAAUUGUAGUUCGCUCGUAUCUCCGUGGCUCGAGAGACAAUAUCGCAAUGCGAACCUACUUCGCUGGCCCAAAAGGUUGGCUCGUGAUAUCAGAUAUCGAUGAUACGAUCAAGUAUACCAAAACCUCCGAGUCUACUGGAAUUCUUCGGACAACCUUUGUCGAAGAGCCGAGGCCUAUUGCCGGAAUGCCUGAGCUAUAUUCUCACAUACACAGAGAACUUGCGCCAGCAUGGUUCUAUGUAUCCGCUUCGCCGUACAAUCUGUAUCCGUUCCUGAGAACGUUUAUUCAUACACAUUUCAAUCCUGGGACUUUGAUCCUCCGAGAUUCCUCUUGGCUGGACGUCAGUGAACUGGUCAAGUCAUUUACAGUAAAUACCAUGGAAUACAAGGUAAAACAAAUCGAGAAAAUUCGACGCCAGUUCCCUCAGCGAGAAGUCAUUUGUAUCGGCGACUCAACCCAAAAGGAUCCGGAAGCGUACGCAGAGAUCUAUAAGAAGCAUCCACAUUGGAUCCGCGCCAUUUGGAUCAGGAAAGUCACCGAUGUCCCACAUCUAGAGGAUCAAAAUUCUCCAGAGAGGUUCGAGGCAGCUUUUCAGGGUGUUCCGGACCGAAUAUGGAAGGUAUUCGAACAAGCCGAAGCAGUGUUCGACUUCGUGGGUGAUCUAAACGUUGACACUACCACGCAUGCCUCUCACGAGACGUAUUAA